CCCACUCUCUAGCUAGUUGCUGCAGACUCCUCUGUCUGUCGUAGUUGAGUAAACUACAUAGACAUUAGCGGGCGCACAGAAUGCAGCACAGCCGAACACGAGUGGAUUAAAACGUUAUGCUUCUUUAGAGUCAGUCAGUCGACCGUGUAACUAGAGGAAUAAACCCCAAAUACUUUCACACAUUACUUUACGGUAAUUUACUGAAACGUUAAGCAAGGUAGCGGUAACCCAGUAGUGCAUUGUGUAAUAAAGAGAGAUCGGCUGGAAUGGCUUCAUCUCCUUGCAGCAGUGUUAACUUUGAUUCCGGACUGGAAAUCAAAACUCGGUCGGUGGAACAAACACUUAUCCCAUUGGUCUCGCAGAUCACCACCCUGAUCAAUCACAAAGACAAACCAAAGAAGUCUGAGCGGACGCAGCAGGCCAUACAGAAGGUGGGUCAGGCUGUUAGUGUUGCUGUGGGUCGCUUCGUUGCCGUGGGCGAGGCCAUUGCCGUGGAGAACGAGGAGCUGAAGGAGGAGAUGGGCAUGGCCUGCUUCGAGGCCCGCAGAGCAGGAGAUGCCAUAGCCCAGCUGACAGACGUUGGGACUGCGGUGACUCGCCCUGUGGACGGACGCACAACAGUGUUCAGUGACCGGACAGGCAUGGUGAAGGCCGCCCGCAUGCUCCUCUCCUCCGUCACCAAAGUCCUGGUCCUCGCAGACCGCAUCGUUAUCAAACAGAUCAUCACCUCACGCAACAAAGUAGGUCCCAUCGUCAUCAAACAGAUCAUCACCUCACGCAACAAAGUGCUAGUAACCUUGGAGCAGCUGGAGAGAGUAAGCACCUUCCAAGAGUUUGUCCAGAUCUUCAGCCAGUUCGGGAAUCAGAUGGUGGAGUUCGCCCACCUGACCGGGGACAGACAGAAUGACCUGAAGGAUGAGAAUAAGAAGGCCAGGAUGGCAGCAGCCAGAGCAGUGCUGGAGAAAUGCACCAUGAUGCUGCUCACUGCGUCCAAGACGUGUCUCAGACACCCUGACUGCGAGUCGGCACGUAUCAACAAAGAUGCCGUGUUUCACCGCAUGCGUUUCGCCCUGGAGCAGGUCAUGGAGAUUGUGACGGACGCUCGGCCCUGCGGGGAGACCAAGGUCCUUCCCCUCAGCAUUUACACCGGCAUCAAGGACUUCAAGUCAAACGUGGAAGGUCUGCGUGAGGGUCUGUACUUGCUGCCCCACCAGGCCCUGUCUGGCCAGCUAGAGGCGGUGGUGGAGAGGACGGAGGACUUCACUGACUCGGCCUACACCAGCCACGAGCACCGAGAGGGCAUCCUGCAGCUCUGCCAGCUCGCCCGCCAGGACACUGACCAGCUCAUCACAGCCUGGAUGGAGGCAAAGCAGUCUCUAAAUGCUAAAGAGGCCACGGAGGAGAUGGAGCUGUCGAUACUGAAGACCUGCCAAAGUGUCUACGAACUCCGCAGAGAGCUUCAUAAGGUGGCGGUGGGUCGGGCGGCGGACCUGCUGAAGCUGCAUGCGGAACACUUGCCUCUGCGGGCCCUGAAGGCCUCGGGGGGCGAGGGCAACCUGGAGGCUGUGGCAGAGUACGCCCGGACGCUCGGCGAGCAGAAAGAACAGCUGGUGGAGACUUGUCGUCUGCUGUGUCACGUUUCGGGGACAGAGCCUCUGGAGAUCACCUGUAUACACGCUGAGGAGACCUUCCACGUCAUCGGCCCCCAGAUCAUCUCUGCAGCCCAGACGCUGGCCCUGCACCCAUCCAGUAAGAUUGCCAAGGAGAACUUGGAUGUGUUCUGUGAGGCCUGGGAGUCCCAGCUCUGCGACAUGGCAGUGCUGCUAAGGGAAAUCAACGACGUGUUCGAGGGCCGCCGAGGUGGGGCUGCCAGUGGUGAUAAGAGAGCCUACGUGUCACUUCCCAGACCAGGGAAACAUUCAGCCAACCUGAAGACGGUGAAGGCAGUCAAGCUAGAUGCAGAGGAGCAGAGCACCAUAGCCAAGCUGGGUCUAGAGCUGCGUCUUCUGACUUCAGACAUGGACACGGAGGUGGAGAAGUGGGAGGACCAGGAGCAUGACAUCGUCCGCCAGGGCCAGAGCUUGUCCAGCAUGGCCUACUCCAUGUACCUCUUCACCAGGGGGGAGGGCCUACUGAAGACAACCACGGAUCUUUUCCAUCAGGCUGAGGUGCUUUCUGAGGAGGGACUCCAGCUGUGUUCUUCACUACACACUUUCUCCACCCAGCUGAUGGAUGAAGAGAAGGUGGUAGUGCUGUCGGAGAUGGAGAAGCUUAUGGGCUUAUGCCAGCAGCUGCAGAUGGGGGUGAGGACGCCGGUACAGGGCAAGACUGCCACCUUCCAGAAGGUGGAUUCCUCCAUUCAGAACACCAGAGCCAUCAUUACUGUGGUGAUCUACCUCCUGCCAGUCUGUAACAAGAUUGUCAGAAAGUAUAAGUCAGAGAGAAGCAGUCUGGGUUCUCCACAAAGCUGGAGGGACAGGCAGUCGUCCACGGCCGUCAAAGACGACGUGCUCAACGGCAAGAACAGCAACGGCUUCGGGGUCAAAUCCCUGGAGCAGCAUAUGGCCAACCUCACCUUCCUGGAGAGCAAGUAGUCCAGUCCAGCGACCUUUGAUCCCUAACCUGUAUCACCUAUCAGAGUUGGAGCGUACCAUUGUCGACCACCAGGGGGCGACAUACAUGAAACGUCACUCACGCAGACAUAAUGGCAGUGCACCCACCACUCACACGUGCCUCUGUCAGUGUAAUCAGCCCAUUUGCUUUGUGGUGUAACUGUUACCUGUAGCACAUCUCAGCCAAAUACAGCAGAUGUAUGAACAAAUAUUUAAAAACAUAUGCUGUAAUGAAAUCCAUCGCCAGUGCAUGAUGCCAUCACCUGACAGGUCUUUUAAUCUCCUUUUAUCAAUCCCUGUGAUUUGGGCUGUUAAACCAGCUGUCUGAUUGCCUGGUCCCAGAUCAGUUUUGGUUGUCUUAUCAACUCCUAUGGCCAUUCUCAUGAGGAGUUGGCAGGACAGCCCAAACAGAUCUGGUAGAAGACCAGCUUCCUGCUGUUUCUCUCACUGUUGUACGCCAACCAAAUCCCAUCAUGGUUUAGUAAUUACUGAGUGAAAUCAAUGCUCUCACUUUGAUGCCAAAUAAGAGAGUAAAUGGAUGGUUUAAUCAGGGUAUUAUGACACUUGGCUUGCUAAUAGACUGAAACAUAAGGCUCUUAUUAUUGCUCCAUUUCAGCAGAGGCGGAGACCAUUUUAUCCAAUUGACUUUCUACUGUCUUUAGAGUAUUGAAUCACAUUCAGUGUUUGUGGUAUACUGUUUUAUGCAUUUUUCAGAAGACAUGUAAAAGAUUGCUGGCCUAGCGCAUGAGUCAAAUCAACUGUGGUUUUGUAGCUGUUCCUUAUGAAGUGUACUUGUAAUUAAGGUUAUGUCCCAAAUGGCAUCUUAUUCAGUGCACUACUUUUGACCAGCGCCCAUAGGUCUCUGGUCAAAAGUUGUGCACCUAGUUUUCACAAAAUAUUUUGGCCCGCGACCCCAUUUUGGUCAGAAUUUUGAAAAAAUGUAUGUAAUCAAUGUCUGUUUACUUUUUUAAUUGGGGCAACGACAGUAUUACAAAUCAGUCUGACACUACUUUUGACAGUAUUUCAAUCUAAAGUAUGGUUUGAAGUGACUGAAAUGCAUCUUCUGUGUAGAGAAGAACAUCAUGUUAUUUUCCCCCCUGAUUUAGUGCCUGUUCUAAUUAGUCCUGUGUGGCUUGUGGGCAUUGUAGGUGUUCCUGAGAGUCUUAUCUUUCAGUGAUGGGGUCAUAAUAUUUUAUAGCUUAAACCAUUCAAAAGACUGAGCCACAUUUGUAGGAAGAAAACAGAAACAUUAUUACAACAGCAUCUAGUGGCUACCGGAAGUUACUGAUGUGACCCCUGUUCUAUGAACCAAGCGCAAUUUAUUUCCUUUUUUUCCAGUUUCUCUCGUGACCCAUAGUUUGGAAAACACUGGAAAAGGGUGUCAUUUGGGAUGCAGGCUAAGACUGCCUUGUGGGCUAUUGUGUAUUAUUAUGGUACUUGAAGCACAGAUAUAUACAGGUAACUGCCAAAAUAAAGAAAACACUUGAGUGAAAGCAGGUGCCUCCACACAGGUGUGGUUCCUGAGUUAAUAAAGUAAUUAACUUCCCAUCAAGCUUAGGGUCAUGUAUAAAAACGCCCAGUUGCCCAGUAUUUUGGCUACCAUGGCUAGAGAUCUGUGACUUUGAAAAAGGGGUCUCAAAGGAGCACAGGGGGUUUAAAGGGUGUGUGUGUCUCACACCCUUUAAAGCUGACAAGGUACAAAUCUGUUUUUCUGCCCCUGAACAGGCAGUUAACCCACUGUUCCUAGGUCGUCAUUGAAAAUAAGAAUUUGUUCUUAACUGACUUGCCUAGAUAAAGGUUAAAAAAAUAUAUAUAUAUUUUAAAUUCACCAGAUCUCCACCCAAUUGAACACUUAUGGGAGAUUUUGGAGCGACACUACCAUUAACAAAACACAAAAUUAUGGAAUUUCUAGUGGAGGAAUGGUGUCACAUCCCUCCAAUAGAGCUCCAGACACUUGUAGAAUCUAUGCCAAGGUGAAUUGAAGCUGUUUUGGCGGCUCCUGGUGGCCCAUUAAGACACUAUAUUAGCGUUUCCUUUAUUUUGGCAGUUACCUGUAGCUAUAGCCACUGAGGUGACGAUUCUGGUACUACUAAACCUGAAUGGUUAGUGUGAAGACUGCAUAACCAUAUAAAGCUUUAGAGUUGAUUGUGUAUGGCUGUAGCUAAUGUCAUCUUCUGUUGAGUAAAGAAACCACAGAUGUGCAGAAACAGAUGUACUUUUAGACCAUCUAUCCUUUUGACAGUUGAAUGAUUGAUAAACAGAACACAAAAUCUAAAUAAACAUUAUUUUUCUUAAAACA